UUGGGGGGGCAGGAAGAGGGGAAGGUACCGAAAGAUGUGACGCAUUACGCCGACUGCGUUUCGAACAAAGGCGAAUGGCCGUCGUCUUGCGAGGCUCGUGGUGCCGUUUUGUCGAGGGAGCGGGUGGAGAACAGCAAGAAAAUAAGAAGAGGUAGCUAUUUGAACUCUGUUCUGAACAGGAUAAAGUAGGCGAAUGAAAGAGAAUAUUUUCUAAUAUCUGACAUAGCGGAAACACAAUAUCGAAAGGGAGAUGUCGAGACGGACGCAGGAGCCAGUGGACCAAUGGCUGGCGAAGGAGGGUUACUUUAGGAAAGCUACUCCCAGAGAUCCUACCUGCUUGUUCAGGGCGAUCAGCGAACAAGUGUACCAUACGCAACACUAUCAUCUACGGGUAAGAAAAGAAUGCACGGAGUUUAUGAAGAAAAAUAAACACUUGUUCGUGGACUCUGUGCCCGUGUCGUUUGAUUACUAUAUUAAAGAGAUGCAGUGUUUCACGGAGUGGGGUGGCUUGAACGAGAUUCUCGCCAUGUCUCUACUGUACAAGAGAGACAUAAUCAUGUUCGUUGGAGAGAAGCAGAUGUGCGAAAACGUUACCAAUAAUGGCUUUAAGAAAGGCGUAAUGCUGCUUUGUCAGACAGAGCCGAAGCAAUACGAGCCCGUUUAUCCGAUGGCUUUUGUACAAUCGGCCGCGUACUGCCAAUCUAUCGUUUAUGAAGUUGUAUAUAGGUAUAUGUAUCAAAUACCUAACAUAAAGACUGUUGCGGAUAGAAUGCUGCACGAUCGAACUCCCACACUUAGACAUGACAAAUUUUUCCAGAAGGGAAAUCUCGACAUUAGGGAGCAAUUGAUUGAAGAUUUAUACAAAAAGGUAAAAACUGAACGUAGUGACACGGACGACGUGCAGACAGGUUGGAAGGGAGCGCCACCUAUUCCUUAUAAAGUUGCAAAAGCGCUGUCUCCCGAUUAUUAUCGCAAUAUAGAGUUAGAUAUAUGGCAUGAAUUGAAACGAGAGGUAAAGUCUGCAGGAUGGAACAGGUACAACAGUAAUGAGCUUCAAGUUGGCGGCAAAUGUCUGAUACAGAUUAGUAUAAACGAUCUGGAACAAUGCGAUAGAAACAACAACAAGAAUGUACGCGUUAAUUUACCGGAAUGUGGUACUAGCGAGACUAACAAUAAAAUUGAUCAAAAAUUGAAGCAGGGACCUCUUUGGCUUCACGGUUACAUCCAGGAGAUGAACACGGAGAAGGAGCCGGUUCUAGUCUUCAUCAAAGAUCUGGGAGAGAAAAAAUUUGUUCCAUACGAUGCUCUGAAGCCAUUACCUUUAAUAAGAAAAAAUAGACAACAAAAGAAUUGGAUACCGAUUAAUAAAAACCAUUCGGUUGCUCCAGAUUCAAGUCGACGAUGGAAAAGAUCAUACAAUUCUUUCUCGCGAAAGAGAAAAGGUGCCAUAACUAUCAAAAAUGAAGCACCAAAUAAUACCGUCAAAAAUGUAUUGAUAAGUAAUAAUAAUGACGGUAAUAAUGACGUCGAUAAUGUUAGCAUCGACAAUAAUAAUAAAACCGACUUCGACGAACAUCCCGAUAAACUUCCUGAAGAAAUAGAUCAAAGUCAGACUGAGAGUCAUUCUAUAGAAGAUCUUUCUAAUUGUGCGACAAAUGAGGAGGCUAAUGAUCUUCCUACAACAGCUACACUUGACAAUUCACAAUCCGUAGUGUCAAGUAACGUAACACAGGAAAUAGCGGAGAGGCGCAAAAAACCUGAUGCAGUAUUUAAAAGGGUGAACAAUACUGCAAGAUAUAAGACUGAUAAAUACAACAACUUUGGUAACAGUCUUCAGAAUUCAAGCUUGAAAUUAAAAGUAUUAAGCGAGACUUAUUGUUCACCUUACAAUGGUAACGCGCGAAUAAACAUGUGUAACAAUCCAAAUGUGUCGUAUGUUGCGCCGGAUAACAACAUGUAUCCCUAUUAUCCAUACAUGCCAGGAAAUUUCUCAAUAAAUGGCGAGCACAACGCAAAUCAAAUAGAUCAUCCAUUUGCAUCAAAUUUGUUUUAUAAUUUGCAUCUGCGUUUAGAGGAUUCUUUCCAUACUUUAAAUCCAACUUAUUACGGGCCGAUGAUAUAUGGACCGAGUCAUCAAGGGGUACAAUCAUUGGCUGCACCAUCGAAUGCUCCUGUCCCAUGUACACAAGAGGAUGUAGACCGUCUUGUUAAUGACAUGCAAAAUUGUUCGUUAGCAUGCAAUGAGGGAGCAGAUGUCAGUGCUGAGAUUUCUAACGCUUCGCAUUUGAACACCAAUAAUGUGCGAAAUGCAAGACAACCGAAACAAGGACCAAAGAACUUGAACGGGAAUGACUCUUAUCAGACUCAGCCGAAAGGAAGGCAAACUGGAACUGUUAAAGGGAAUAAGAUACGAAGCCGUCAGCAAAAUCCUCGCGGAGCAACAUACAUGCAGUAUCCAAGUGUUCAAUAUGGAGCACCGAAUGGUCCUAUAAAUCCGUAUGACAUGCAAAGACACGACGUGCACGUGCCACAGUCGCAGCAGCAGCAUCACUGGGAUCCGAUGUCGCAUCAGAUAGCACCUGUGGGAGCCGGCCUGGCAAAUGGUUACGCACCGGCGCAAUAUACAGGCCCGAUAUUUCCAUAUCACGAGCUUCCACCGUACUACGCGAACGAAGGCAACUCGGGGAGUCCCCCGUACUACGUAGGAAGCAAUAGUUACGUACCCGUACCGUAUUUAUCGCCUCAGAACGUCGAUGCCACUGAGAUUGCAGCUGCACCUCCGCCGUAUCCGCAACACUUCUUUUCCACAAAUGAAGCUUAUCCGCCAGGUCACUCGCCAACCAAUGUCCAACCGUUGAUGUACUCGCAGCCAAUUAUGUAUCCGCAAUCGAUGCAGUAUCACGCUGUGCCGCCGCCGUCGCCACUUAUACAAGAGCAAUGGAAUCCGACGUUGGGGCUACAACCUCCUUACGUUCCCCAAUGCGUAGCUCCGCCCCCAGGUCCAGCCCCGAUCGCAGAACCGGCCCUUAACGGACAAUGUACCGUCCCGAAAGGUUUACUUUAGAUUAGGUAUCUUUUGAAGACAAUAACCUGUCAUAGUUUAUAGAUUAUUAUAGGUUGCUGUACGUUCUUUUUUUCUUUUUCAUGGAGGAACCGUCAUUUUUUUUGUAAGAUCUCUGUUGCAGUAAAACUUGAAAGUAUUAAUAGUUAACAACGUUAAGCGUGGCCUACAAUGGCAGUAGGAGUAGUGGAUUAAAGAAGUAGGCGUUAGACAUAGGCUGUAGGAUUAAGGUCCCUUUAAGGAUUAUAAUGAGCUAAUCAGUGUUAACCAAUGUUAUUACACAAAUGUUACCGUUGUUGGUGAAUAUGAAUGUGCGAAGAAUUGGAUUUGUGUUAUUUAUAUUAUUAUGGAGCCAGCUCUUGACUCUUCAAUGGUGUAUUAUGCAAACGAAAAGAUCUAUCGGUCGGAGGUGGUGGGUUCGGCCUGUGAACAGGCGCAAACGAGAUCAGGGUUUCAACUUUAACCUAUUUCGUGAACUGAUUAUCAGUGGCUGAGAGUAAGGGAGUAGGUCGUACGAAAUGGAAUUGAACCAUUUUGCUUACAGCCUUACUCUACGCCUGCUACACUGGAAACACGAGCUUACUCCGACGUCUUACAGCCUUAAUCCACUACUCCUACUGCCAUUGUAGACCACGCUUUAAAGACUAAGAAUAGCUAUAAGACCGAAUCUCUCCGUUGUAGUAAUUUGUAUAAUUAUCACUACUUACUAACUUACUAAUUAGAUGAUGUGAUAUUUACCGCAAUAAAAAUUAGAAUAAGACUUAACAAUUAAUGAUUAAAGAAUUUAACUGUUCUAAAAGAAAAAAGCGACUAUGAAGUAAAGUAUAUAAUUGUUGACUACUUGUGAUUCUUAUUACAAGUCGACGAGACUGCAAUGACUUCAAAGUUCUCUAUAAGUACAACGCUCCGUUAGAGCAAAAUGUACAAAAUUCACUAUCUUCGUGGAUUGUGCAAACUAAUUUAAUGCAUUUCAUUAGUUUGCACAAUCCACGAAGAUAGAGUGAAUUUUACUGCAACAGAGUUCUUACAAAAAAAAUGACGGU